AAGAAGCAAAGUGCAAAAAAAAAAAAAAAAAUGGAGAAAGUACUUGCGAAACUUGUUCUUGUGGUUGGUGUUCUAAUGCAUUGUGGAAGCACCCAAGUGAGAUCUGAUGCCAAACACCACCGUUACAAAGCUGGAGAUUAUGUUCCUUUAUACGUCAAUAAAGUUGGCCCCUUUCUAAAUCCCAGUGAAACAUACCCCCAUUUUGAUCUUCCCUUCUGUCAACCAGAUCAUAUCGAAGAGAGAAAGCAAACUCUUGGCGAGAUGUUGAGUGGAGAUCAUCUUAUCAAUGCUCCGUACAAACUUGAGUUUCUUGUGGAGAAAUUUGCGGAAGUCGCUUGUAGAAAAAAUUUGACCAAGGAAGAAGUUUCCCAGUUCCGAACAGCAAUCAAAAGAGAAUACUACUUCCAAAUGUACUACGAUGAUGACUUGCCAGUAAGGGAAUUUGUAGGGGAAAUUCACAAGCAAGGCAUAUUGGAUAAUUACAAAUAUUUUCUUUACAAGCAUAUUCGCUUUGACAUUCUUUUCAAUAAGGAUCGCGUGAUCGAGAUCAAUGUUGAAGCAUACCCUAGAGCACUAUACCCUGGAGCAACGGUAGACCUAACUGAAGACAAGGAGACAUAUGUAGAGUUUGUUUAUACUGUGUUCUGGAAGGAAGUUGACAUUCCAUUUGAGAAAAGGAUGGAAAAGUAUUCUUCAGUUGCACUACAUAGCGUGGAACCCCGUUGGUUUAUAGUGUUGAACUCAUGUUUCACGCUUCUCCUGUUGGCCGGUUUCCUUGUGAGAUAUUACAUGCGCGUCCUUAAGAAGGAUCUUACAGAAUUGCAAGAUGAGGGAUUAGUUUCUAGCCAAGAAGAAAGAGGAUGGAAGUCCAUCAGAGAUGAUGUAUUUACAUGCCCAGUUCAUAAGUCCUUACUUUCUGCAGCCCUUGGUUCUGGUACUCAAUUGUUAGCACUUACCAUACUCGUCCUGCUACUCGGGAUAUUUGACAUAUUCCAUCCACACAAACCUGGAUGCUUUUUGACUGCACUUAUAGUAAUUUACGCAAUUACUUCUUGUAUUGCGGGAUACACGGCAACUUCCUUUAAUUGCCAGCUUGAAGGAACAAAUUGGCUGGGAAAUCUGCUACUAACUGGAUGCCUUUUUGGUGGACCUCUGCUUUUUACAUUUUUACUUCUCAACUCAAUAGCUACAGCUUAUAAGGCAUCUAUAGCUGUGUCUUUAAGUACAAUCGUCGCGUUGGUUCUCAUUUGGAUCGACACAUUUCCAUAUGUUGUAUUGGGUGGAAUUUUCGGGAAAAGUAGCUACAAGGAUGAGCCUCAAGAUGUUUGCCAGAAUAUUGAGGCCGAGUUGCAAGCUCCUCUCUGCAUCACAAAAGUGCCUCGAGAAAUUCCGCCGCUUCGCUGGUACAAGCGCGCUCUUCCUCAGAUGGCGUUGGCUGGGAUUAUUCCCUUUAGUGUAAUCCGCUUUGAGCUUGACCUUGUAAUUCUUAGCGUGUGGGAUCUUAGGGACAAGGAUCAUAGGAACUAUGUUGUCUACACGAUCCUGUUUACCACCUUCAUUCUUCUUCUGAUUGCCGUUUGUUUAGUUAAUGUGCUUUGCACGUGGUGCCAGCUUGUUGCUGAAGAUUAUAAAUGGUGGUGGAGGUCUUUUCUUUGCGGCGGAUCAAUUGGCUUGUACGUUUACGGCUACUGCAUAUAUUACUACUUUGCUAAAUCAGAGUGGUCUGGAUCCUUGCAAAUCUCAUUCUUUUUCGGAUACAUGGCUUGCAUCAGCUAUGGCUUUUUCUUGGUCUUCGGUACCGUUGGUUUUACGGCCUCUUUUUGCUUUGUGCGCUACAUAUACAGCUCUGUUAAGUGUGAUUAGUGACCAUUAUAGCUGUUAAUCACUCUUUUUUAUGGUAUGUACAUCAUGUCCU